CCGGAAAUGCCCCAGCGGCGGCGGAAGCGGAAGCGCCGCCGCGGUGGGGGCCGCGGGAAGUGUCUGUCGGGUUUCUGUCUCCCUCCCAACAACAAUAACAGAGGACAGGCCGGCGUAGGAGCUUUCAACUGAAAUAACAAAAAGGAGAUUUGCUGUUUGAUACUGGAGACGACGCACUAAUGGGGCCACGGAAGAAAAGUGUUAAAACGUGUCUUAUGAAUAAUGAAAUCCCGGAGGAAACAAUAUCAGAUGAAACAAAGGACUAUAUGAAUCAACUUUCACAUGAAGUACUUUGCCAUAUCUUUAGGUACCUCCCUCUGCAGGAUAUCAUGUGUAUGGAAUGUCUUUCCCGGAAGCUAAAGGAAGCAGUGACCCUAUAUCUGAGAGUUGUGAGGGUUGUAGAUCUCUGUGCAGGGCGGUGGUGGGAAUACAUGCCGAGUGGUUUUACGGAUUCUAGUUUUCUAACACUGCUGAAGAAGAUGCCAGACGUCGAACAGCUUUAUGGCCUUCAUCCUAGAUACCUUGAGAGGCGAAGGGUGCGGGGCCAUGAGGCCUUUAGCAUUCCAGGAGUCCUCGAAGCUUUGCAGGCGUGCCCAAACUUAGUGGGUGUGGAGACAUCUCAUUUGGAGCUGGUAGAGUCUAUUUGGACAUACAUGCCGCACGUUCACAUUUUGGGGAAAUUUCGUAAUCGUAAUGGAGCAUUCCCAAUUCCUCCUGAAAACAAACUGAAAAUUCCUAUAGGAGCCAAAAUUCAAACUUUACAUUUAGUGGAUAUGGUGCUCUGUGACAUGAUUUCGAGUGUUGAGCCACUCAUGGAGCAGAAACGAGUGAAUGUCCCUGAAAUUCCUUGUAUCCCAAUGCUAAGGCAUCUUUAUAUGAAGUGGGUCAGACUUACUAAGCCACAGCCGUUUAAAGACUUCCUAUGUAUCAGCUUACGAACUUUCGUCAUGAGGAACUGUGCAGGUCCCACAAAUUCCUUGAAGUACGUCCCUUUAGUGACAGGCUUAGCCUCUGCCCGAAACUUGGAACACUUAGAAAUGGUUCGAGUUCCUUUCCUUGGAGGUCUUAUCCAACAUGUAGUUGAAGACAGUUGGAGAUCAGGUGGUUUUAGAAAUUUGCACACUAUUGUUUUGGGAGCUUGCAAAAACGCUCUUGAAGUAGACCUUGGUUACCUCAUUAUCACUGCUGCCCGUAGGUUGCAUGAAGUUCGGAUCCAGCCCUCUCUAACCAAAGAUGGUGUCUUUUCUGCCCUAAAGAUGGCAGAGUUGGAGUUCCCCCAGUUUGAAACCCUUCAUCUGGGAUAUGUAGAUGAGUUUUUGCUGCAGAGCAGAAUGGCUAAUGCAGAUCUGGUGAAGUAUGGCUUGGCUGAUGUGGUAGAAAACCCUGGUAUCAUCACUGAUAUAGGGAUGAAGGCAGUCAAUGAGGUUUUUUCCUGUAUCAAAUAUCUGGCAAUUUACAAUUGCCCCCAUCUUCAUAACCCAUACAAUUGGAUCUCAGACCACUCAAGAUGGACUCGAUUGGUUGACAUCAACCUAGUGCGGUGCCACGCACUGAAGCUGGACUCCUUUGGCCAGUUUAUUGAAUUGUUACCCAGCCUGGAGUUUAUUUCACUGGACCAGAUGUUUCGUGAACCACCCAAGGGCUGUGCUCGAGUUGGUCUGAGUGCAGGCACAGGAAUUGGCGUUUCCUCAGCCCUUGUUAGCAACCAAAACUCCAAUAAUGACAAUGAUAACAAUGCCCAGAACAACAAUGCCAACAUCCACGACAACAAUCACCACCACCCAGAUGAGUCAGAUGAGGAGAACGACUUCCGGCAAGACCUGCAGCCAGGAGAGCAGCAGUUUGCAGCCGACGCAUUGAAUGAGAUGGAAGACAUGGUGCAAGAAGAUGGAGAGGUGGUAGCUGAGAGUGGGAAUGUGACUCCAGCGCACAGCCAGGCAGUUAUUCCUGUGGAUGCUGAUGAAGAACAAGCAGGACCCAGUGGUCUUCAGCGUGUAGUAAAACCAACCCCAAUUACUGUUCAUGAUUCAGAGAGUGAUGAUGAGGAAGAUAGUCUAGAACUUCAAGAAGUCUGGAUUCCUAAGAAUGGUGCUCGGCGUUACACCGAGCGCGAAGAGAAGAUUGGAGAGUCAGUUCAGUCCAGGGAAUUGUCAGUAAGUGGAAAAGGCAAGACUCCACUUCGAAAGAGGUACAACUCCCAUCAGAUGGGCCAGUCGAAGCAGUUUCCCCUCGAGGAAAGCAGCUGUGAGAAAGGCUGUCAGGUCACCAGUGAGCAGAUCAAAGCCGAUAUGAAAGCAGCUAGGGAUAUUCCUGAAAAGAAAAAAAACAAGGAUGUUUAUCCCAGCUGCAGCAGCUCCACCGCCAGCACAGUGGGAAACUCCAGCUCACACAGCACUGCUUCUCAAAGCCCCGACUUUGUAAGGACGGUGAACAGCAGCGGCUCUUCCGAGCCUAGCCCUACAGAAGUGGAUGUGUCCAGGCAGUGUGUCUGCUCCCCCGGUGGGUCAGAGGACUCUGAGGCCAUGGAGGAGGGAGAUGCAGAGAGUUCUGUCUGCCCCAGAUGCUGCUGUCACAGGCCCCAGGAAUCCCAAAGGAGAACUAGCAGGUGUUCUGAUGAGGAACGUCCUUCAACCAGCCGAGCCUGUGUUGUGAAUGGCCCGGAUGGUACGAGAUCCGCCUUUUCCUUUAGGACUCUGCCUCAAGGGGGGUCUUCAGGCCCAGCACAUGAUGAGAGGACUAAUGGGAGUGGCUCUGGGGCUACAGGUGAGGACAGGAGGGGGAGCUCCCAGCCUGAGAGCUGUGACGUGCAGUCUAAUGAAGACUACCCUCGGAGGCCCCUAACAAGGGCCAGGAGCAGACUCUCCCAUGUACCGCUGGUAUCUGAGUCAGAGGUCGCUAAAGCAAAGCCACGCCAUGCCCUGAAGCGGAAGCGCACGGCAGAUAAGUCCACCAGUACCAGUGAUCCUGUGAUUGAGGAUGACCAUGUACAGGUCCUUGUAUUAAAAUCCAAAAAUCUUGUUGGAGUCACUAUGACCAACUGUGGAAUCACAGAUCUAGUGCUAAAAGACUGCCCCAAGAUGAUGUUCAUCCAUGCCACCAGGUGCAGGGUACUGAAACAUUUAAAAGUAGAAAACGCACCAAUUGUGAACCGAUUUGACUAUGCACAAUGCAAGAAACUGAAUAUGGAUCAAGUACUAGACCAGAUACUAAGGAUGCCUCCUGAGAGAAACCGCAUCAUAUACCUCCGGCCAAUGCAGCAGGUGGACACGCUAACUUUGGAGCAGAAGCUGUUCAGUGGUCCUUACCCCUAUCACAUCUGUAUUAUCCACGAAUUCAGUAACCCUCCCAAUGUCCGGAACAAGGUGCGCAUUCGCAGCUGGAUGGACACUAUAGCAAACAUCAACCAAGAGCUUAUUAAGUAUGAAUUCUUUCCUGAAGCCACUCGAAGUGAAGAAGACUUAAAAAAGUACCCCAAGUACCCCUGGGGAAGAGAAAUCUAUACAUUAGAAGGUGUUGUGGAUGGCGCCCCAUAUUCCAUGAUAUCUGACUUCCCUUGGCUGAGGUCACUACGGGCGGCAGAACCCAACAGCUUUGCACGAUACGAUUUUGAAGAUGAUGAAGAAAGCACCAUCUAUGCCCCUCGAAGGAAAGGGCAACUGUCUGCAGACAUCUGUAUGGAAACAAUAGGAGAGGAAAUUUCAGAGAUGCGUCAGAUGAAGAAAGGCGUAUUUCAGCGAGUAGUGGCAAUUUUUAUCCACUAUUGCGAUGUCAAUGGAGAGCCAGUUGAAGAUGACUACAUUUAAGUGGCUCCUCCUACUUUCUAGCUGUUCCUGCAGAAAGCUCCUCCAGCUGUAGGAGUGCACCACAGAGGCUCAGGCAUGCAGUUUGGAGACCCUGGCUCAACUUGGUAUAUAGGAAAUGUAUAAGGAACAUUGAAAUUGUAUACAGAGAUUUGUACAUAGAGGAACUAUACAAAAAGAAGACGCUUCCUAAAGUACCAACUUUAUAUCAUAUGUUUAUACAAUUUAAUUUAAAAAUUCAUUUUAAUGAAGGCCAAUAAUUUCAGAGAGUUCAUUUUGUUCAUGUUUCUCGACUUAGUUCAUAAAGUAUCAUUUUUGGCUAACUCCCCUCUUACUGUAUUCUUAAUCACUGUCAUCCCCUUAAGUCUGUGCCUUCUUGAGCGAAGCUAUUUGAGUAAACCUGUUGACGAGUGUGUCUUGUGUGCUUUUUUUAAAAAAAUUAUUAUUAAAACGCCAAACUAAACCCUAUAGUCAGAGAAGGCUAUAUGUUUCUGUACAAAUUUGUGAAUUUUUCUUUUUUUUAGGAUUAUACUUGCCAUGUUUCUUAAAAUCAAGUAAAAAGUCUCAUGAGCUAAAAAAAAAAAAAAAA